GUGCAUCAUACCGUCGUCGUCCACCGCACCGCGCCGCCGUCCUUUGCGCCGUUUCCCGCCGUCGAACGUUCGCGUGCACAUACCGUUCGAACCAACCGAUCCCGCGAUCUUUUGGUUGUUGUUUUUUUUUUAAUUUUUUCUGUUUAAUUUUUUUACCAUCGGUUUUCUCUCCACUUCUCGUUCAUCCGUCGUCGUUCUCGUCUAACGCGCGCCGACCGUUUCCGUAACGACCAAUCGUCGUGUCGUCCAGCACCGUCGGAGCCAUGCGACGCUCGUAAGUCGUGAACUCGCACAGAACCGCGUGCAACGAGAAACCCGUCGCCGACGCGUCCGCGGGUCCGUCGCCGCCAACCCUUGGACGGUCCGAACGGACACGGGAUCGCCACCGGACCGGAACGUCUCUCUGGUCGGCAACGUUUGCACCGUUUUUUCCCGCGGAGAAAUAAAAUAUUGACCAAGUGACUUAUUCGAAACUCAUUGGUUUCUCAAGAUAUAUAGUUAAGGAUUUAAGAUUUUGCCCAUUGUAUUGCAAUUGAUCACUGUGUUGUUCGCAGAGUCGACGAUAAACGUUAAGAUUGCAUACAGUCAAUUUUGAAGAUAAAAUUGAAGUUAAUCGAAAAGGACCAGUAUCGAUUGAAACCGAAAACAGUUCCAGUCCCGAUUGUCGAAAAUGACGUUGUCUUUGUGCGGUGUAUUUGUCGUGUGCGUGGCGCUCAUCGUGCCGGGGACUCACGCCAUUACCAUCGAAGAACUGCCACCAGAUCACGUGCGAGAGUUGUCCUGCGGCCGAAUGUACUACAGGACUUUUCACUUGGAUGAAAAUCGUGACACAUUAUAUGUCGGUGCCAUGGACCACGUGUUCCGGCUGAACCUGAGCAACAUCAGCCACUCCAGCUGCAAGGAUUCCAUCAAUCUGGAUCCAUCGAACACUAUGAGUUGCACGUCAAAAGGAAAAUCUGAGAAUUUCGAUUGCCGAAACCAUAUUCGAGUGAUCCAGUCCAUCGGCGACGGCAGCCGGAUAUACGUUUGCGGCACGAACGCGCACAAUCCAAAGGACUACGUGAUCUACUCCAAUCUGACACAUUUGCCCAGGCACGAGUAUGUGCCCGGCGUGGGAUUAGGCACGGCCAAGUGCCCGUACGACCCGCUGGACAACUCGACGGCCAUCUGGUCAGAAAAGGGCAACCCGGGACAGUUGCCGGCCCUGUACAGCGGCACCAACGCCGAGUUCACCAAAGCGGACACGGUCAUCUUCCGGACGGAUCUGUUCAACUUGACGACGGGGCGCAAGGAGUUCGCGUUCAAAAGAACGUUGAAAUACGAUUCCAACUGGCUCGACAAACCGGACUUUGUGGGCUCCUACGACAUCGGCCAGUACGUGUUUUUCUUCUUCCGCGAGACUGCCGUCGAGUACAUCAACUGCGGCAAAAGCAUAUUUUCCCGCGUGGCCAGAGUGUGCAAAAAGGACACUGGUGGCAAGAACAUACUCAACCACAAUUGGGCCACGUACCUAAAAGCUCGGCUCAACUGUUCCAUACCCGGCGAAUACCCGUUCUAUUUCAACGAGAUCCAGAGCAUUUACAAAGUACCAGGUGACGACACGCUUUUCUACGGAGUGUUCACCACGUCAACCACGGGCCUGAUGGGCUCGGCUAUAUGCACGUUCCGGCUCGAGGACAUUGACCACGCGUUCGCCGGACGGUUCAAGGAACAAGCCAGCUCCACUUCAGCCUGGCUCCCGGUGCUUUCCACUAAGGUACCCGAACCCAGACCUGGCCAGUGCGUCAACGACACGGAAACCCUGCCAGAUUCCGUGUUGAAUUUCAUCCGCAGUCACCCUCUAAUGGACGAAGCGGUAGCACACAAAGACAACCAACCCGUGUUCUACAUGCGUGACUUGUUUUUCACGCGUCUCGUGGUCGACGUUCUCGAUUACGUUGUGUUCGGCAAUCAUCUGCACUACACAGUCUAUUAUGCCGCUACCAACGAAGGCAGAGUGUAUAAAGUGGUCCAGUGGUACAACGACGAAGGCGUACCGGGAUCGGCUUUGCUGGACAUAUUCGACAUUAUGCCCGGUCUGCCCAUCACGGCGAUGGAGAUAUCCAAAAAGCACAAGGCUCUGUACGUGGCGUCCGAUGAGAGCGUCAGACAGAUCUACUUGUCCAUGUGCACUCACCGGUACGACAGCUGUUUGCGGUGCGUCCAUGACCCGUACUGCGGCUGGGACAAACAAUCCAAGACCUGCAAACCGUACCAGCCCGGGCUCCUGCAGGACGUGACCAACUCGUCACGUAGCGUGUGCGAGAGCUCGGUGGUCAACAAGAGGCUAACCGUCACGUUCGGCCAGAGCGUGCACCUUAGUUGUUUCGUGAAAAUGCCACAAGUGCUGAAAGUGUACCCGGUCACUUGGUACCAUCACAGCAAGGAAAAAGGACGUUACAUGGUCUCGUUCAGCCGAGUGGAGAAGUACAUAGCGACGGUCGAGGGUGGCAUGGUGAUUGUCGGCGCUUCAGAAGAAGACGGCGGCAGGUACGACUGUCAGUUGGCCGGCGCUCUGUUGUGCACGUUCAACUUGACGGUGGACGCACACCGGUGUUCGCCUCCGGCUCGAUCGCAAGACUACCAUCGGGUGUACUCGGACUGGUGUCACGAGUUCCAAAAAUACAAGAGCGCCAUGAAAUCCUGGGAAAAAAAACAAGCUCAAUGUAGCAGCUCAAGACAAAACGAGACCGCCAUCGCCCAGGGUCUACUGUCAAACGAAUUAGGCGCCAGUCCGGCUCUGUAAAAAGGAUCCCAUGCCGCCGCCGUUUCCAAUCCCCGUGUACACAACUACCACCACCGUGGUCGUCGUUCAACCGCUGCAGCCGGAGAAAAGCGAAAAGGAAAAUUAUAAUAUAUAUACGUAUAUAUGUAUAUAUGUGUAUAUGUAUAUGUGUACGUACGCCGCGUAUAUAUAUGU